UUUGUUGAUCACAGUCGUCACUCUUAUUUCUGUUGAAAAUAAAUAAGAAAACCUUUAUAAUUUGAACUGUAGAGAGUUUCUAACUUAAUACAAACCUCUUUAAUGUAUAACAGUGAUGUGAGAGUGAUAUACUAAUCGGUUCGCAUAGUUAGUUCCUCAAGAUGGAUGAUCCCAGCACGGACUCAUUGCGCAAACUGGCUCCGGCCUGGACGCUAGCCGGAGAUGAGCAGCUGUUGACUAUUCUGCAGAAGACACAUCAGAGGCUGCUAUCAAAAUGUCAGGAAGCUAACAGCCAGUUGGAACAAAUGACGAACGUGCUAAACGAUGCUUCUAUCAGUCUACAGAAUGUCAAUAAUCAAUUCAUGGCACUAAGCAAUCGACAGUUCAUCGAGAGUCGAGUAUAUGAUGAUGAUGAGUUACCCACAGAGGCAGCCCCUGUCAAGGAGCCACCGAAGCCAGAAGUCCCUGAUGAGCUGUCAGGUCUGAAGCGCAGUAUAGCGGUGCUGGAGAGCGCUCACGAGCUGAUCACCAUCCUGCAGGACAGCGACACCGACACACAGUCUGAUGAUGAACUGCCUGCCAGAUUGGUGUUAAAACCGAAAGACAUGUACUCGUCGCGGCCGCUCCCGUACAUCAUCGGCUCUCAACCCUGGAAGAACAAGUGGCAUGCUGGUCUAGUAGUAGAAGACAGCCAUUCUGAGAGUUCAGGGUCGGCUCGGGAGGCGGACAGCGACCAGUACUCGGCGUCGGAGGCCGAGGACUCCGCCCCAAGGACCAGGCCGCCGCCGCAACAUAAUACUGUUGCUACUGUAUCAGAGACCAGUUCGUCUCUGGCGUCAGAGCCGGGCUCGGCGGCGCGGCCCACGCCGGCUGACGUCGCCGGCGAGAUAGCCAGGCGGCUCGGCGCUAGCGAACAGCCUAAGCCGGUUGAAAAGGAGCCAGACUAUGAUGAGCCAGCGAAACCAACAGUCCGCAAGAUAUACAGACCACAGGAUCCCGUCUCUAGCACAGUAUUCCCCGACGAGCCGCCGCCGCUAUCAGACGAGUCUGAACAAUCAGACAGCGCGGAGUCUGACAUAUUCGCGGACCUACAUCGACAGCAGCCGUAUGCGCGUGCGCAAGUAUCAGACGAACUGUUCGGCUUUAAACAUAGAGAGGACAGCGAUGAUGGAGAUAUAUUCAGUGAUUUUAAACAGCCAGCAAACAACCCCAUUGGUAACGCCAGUUCCCCAAUGUUCCCCAACCGUGACAACCGUGAUACACAUCGUGAUCAUCACAAUGCUCAUCACACUACGAGUGUUAGUGCUGACACAGCGAGGCAACAUGAUGCUGAUAGAGUUAAGAAACCCGUGGGAGGCAUUUCUCUAUUCGGCAACAAAGGCACAGAAAAUAUAGGCGCCGCCAUCUUGAAACGAAAUCAACGAAAAUCUUCGUCAUCCGACGCUGAAAGCGAAAGCGAUUCGCGAUCAGAGUCGCAAACUAACCAACAAAUUAACCAGACACAAAAAGAUAUAUUCGAUGACUUAUUUGCAAGGUCAGAAGGGAAAAAGGUCACUAAAGUUGAUAUCGUUAAAGAUAUAAAAACAGAAAUACAAAAGAAAAACGAAGUUAAAGAAAAGAAAGUUGAAACGGUCGAGAAGCCAAAAGUAGAUUUGUUCAGUGACAAUCUUUUUGAUGAUAUUGAUGAUAUCUUUUCUACGAAUGUUGUGAAAAUGCCUGCGAAAGAUAAUGUUAAAACUAAAUCUAUAUUUGAAGACGAUGAUGAUCUUUUCUCCGAAAUUGCUGCGCCAAAACCGGUGAAAGUUGAAGUGGCGACUAGUAGUAAUAACAAGAAAAGUCUAUUUGAUAGUGAUGAUGAAUUAUUUGCUGAGGAAACGAAACCGAAACCAGUUGAAAAGCCUAUAGCAACGCCCAAACCUGUUGUAGUUGAUAAACCCAAAGUAAUAGAAAAACCAAGUGAACCGAAAAUCACCAAAAACAUCCCUCGAAGUAUUUUUGAUGAUGAUGAUGAAGAUGAUAUAUUUAGUGAUGUAAAAACUGAUAAACAUACCGACGCUGAUAAAGUACAAAAUAAUACUCCUGUAAUCUUAGAAAAACCUAAAGAUUUCAGUAAAAGAGUUGAAGAUAGUACGAAAAAUAUUGCUCCACCAUCAUCGAGUGUUUUCAUAAGUCCAUCACUGUUUGAUGAUGAUGAUGAUGAAAGUGAUCUAUUUGCAGAACCAUCAAAAUCUAUCGAUAAAAGUAUAACUGUAUCUAAAAAUAAAGAUGCUGCAAAAGUUUCUAUCAAAAAUGAAAUUAAAAUACCAGACGAUAUUUUGAAUGAUGAUGAUGAUGAUGAAAUAGUUAGCACUCCAGUAGUUAAACCUGAUGAAAUAACUAAAGAUAAAAAUGAUAAUUUAAAUAUUGAUAGCAAACCAAUUGAAGUUAAUGUAAAUAAUAAUAUAACUGCUACUGAAUCUAUUGAAAAAUCUGAAGAUUCUAACCCUACUUUACCAGUAAGUGAACAAUUAGAUAGAAAUGUUGAAAUUAAUGCAACUAAGAUAUCAGACCAUAUACAUAAGAAUAUUCAGAACAUUGAACAAAGUUCGUCAGACACUAAUGAUUUUAGCGAUCAAGAUUUUGAUGACCUACCGCCUAAAGAACAUAAGAACACAAUUAUUAAUACUAAUGUAACUAAUGAAAAAGAAAUUAACGAUUUUCCUAAAACAACCAAAAUUGACGAUAUUUUUGAUACACCCCCAUUAGAAGAUGAUAUUUUCGCGUCCCCAGAACAAAAAGUAGACAAUAAAGAAACAGUAUUUAAAAACACAGAAACAGAAAUUCCUGAAACUCUACUCAAAGAUAUUAAAAAGACUGACAAAGACAAUAAAACCGAACAAAUAAUUUCCAAAAAUAUUGAAGCUGAUAUAUUCAGUGAUAUAUUAACUGAACCGCCUGAAUUCGAAAAACCGAAAGAACCUAAAAAGAGUAAAAAUGUUAAUGCAUUAUUCGAUGAUGAUUCUGAUGAUGAGAGUCUAUUUUUCAAGAAGAAUGAACCAAUUUUCGAAGAAAAUCCACAAGAUUUUACUCCAACACAAGAUCGUAUAUUUGGUCUCUUCACCGACGAACCUCCGGACGAUGAAUUUGGUAAAAUCAGUGAUGAAAUAGAUGAUAAUAUGUUUUCUACUGUGCCUAAACCGAAAAUACCGCAGAAUGAAAAUUUGCCGCCGAUACCUGAUGUUAAUUUUGAAAAUAAUUUACCUGUUGAUGUUAGUAAAGUAUUAGAAACUGAAAAGGCUUCUGAAGAUGAUAUAUUUAAUGAUGAAAAACCUAUACAUGAAUUGCUAAAAGAUACAAGUUUAAAUAAAAAAGAUGAGUCCAAUGUAGAUAAGUUAACUAAAACAGUGAAUAUGAAACAAGAAUCACCAACGGUCUUGUCAGAUGAUGAACUAUUUAAAAGUCCAACUAAAAUACCUAAUUUAAAACCAACUCUAGACAUAAUAUCAGAUGACGAAGAUAUAUUUUCAACAGUAACUAAAACUGAAAAACCUACUUUAUUACCUAAACCUAAGGAAGAAAUUCCAGUAACCGAAAGUAAUGUAGAAUCAGUUAAAUCUUCGGAUGAUGAACUUUUCGUGGCUAAAAAAGAGAAACUUGUAGUUUCAGAGAAUAUACUUAAAGAUACAAAAAUAACGCAUGACGAAGAUAUAUUUAAAGUACCUAAAAAUAAACCUGACGAUACAUCUGUUGAAGUUAAAUCUGAACCAAAGAAAGUAGGAAAACUAAAAGUUGGUCUAAAUAUUAACGUAAAUGCUCUCCUACCUGGCGCUUCGCCUAAAAAAGCUAAACCCAACGAUCAGACUGACGGUCAGACUCAAAGCGUUUCAGACCCAAGACCAGACACAAAAGUCUACCCAGAGAGUCCAAAAUCUGAGCCUAAAAUACCAGAAAGUCAAAACACAGAUUCUAAAAUGAUAAAAUCUGUGAGUUUUGAUGGUGAACCUGAAUCUGAUAUUCUAGAUAAUAAAUUGUCUAAAGAAAGGGCUAAAAUCCAGGUGAAAAGACGGCCGUCUACUAGAAGAGCUAGGCGAGAAGCCGUCAGAAAAUCUGGAAUCGAUUUUGGUGAAGACUCUACUGAUAAUUCUAGCUCUAUAGACGAUCCACCUCGGAAACAGACUGAAAUCAGUCAACAGUCUAACUUAGAUACUAAAGAUAAAGAAAAUAAACAGACUGAAAGUAUUAAAAAAGCUGAAAUUGAACCUAAACUAGCACAGGCUGAAAUACAGCCCGACCUAAAAGAUAGACCUACAAUAAAGUCUGAAACUACUGAAAUUGAUAAACCAUACCCAAGAGAUGUGAAAUCUAAAGUAGUUUACAUUUUAAACGAUGAAGAUAUAUUCAAUACUAGUCCUAUUAAUAAACUAGAAUCUACAAAUAAAGAUUUAAUAUCAGAAACAAGUAAAAAAACUCAAAAUCUAGACUCAAACACAGGAAUUUCAACACUAGGCAAAGUCUAUGAUAGUACAAUUACUAAAAAUGAUGAGACAGCAAAAAAUAUUAAGUCAUCACUAUUCGGUGAUGAAAAUGAUGAUGAUGAUGAAGAAAUAUUUAAAGGUAAAAGUAAAACAGUGAAGAAAACUACUAUAUUUGACUCAGAUAGUGAAGAUGAGUUAUUUGGUAAUAAGAAAGAAAGAAAGACAGUUGUACAGAAAGUGGAGGUAAAGAAAGAAAUUAAAAGAGAAGUGGUGAAGGGAUCGCUGUUUGGUGAUGAUGAUGAUGAUGAUGAUCUGUUUGGUGUUAAGACUAAGAAGAGUGUUGCGGACCAAAAAGCCCACACAUCGAAGCCAGCCGUCAAAGAAACUCCCAAACCCACGGAGCCCGUGUUCGAAGACCCGCUGUCAAUGUUCGGAGAUGAUGACUAACCGACACGGUAGGUGGCGCUAGUGAGCACAGCGUGGAAAUAAGCUGUUCUUAUUUAUUACUGUAAGUUUUUCGAAGGAACAACUUAAUGUAACCCGGAUAAAAAGUAGCCUACUUAUGUGUUACCAACGUAUAAUUUACAAAUUCU